CCUUUGGUACUGCUCUCCAAUUGCAGGAUCAUAAUGCAGGCCGCUAAAGCUGCUAUUUGGGAUCCUCUUUGUCAUUAUCUGAAUUCGAGUGAAACACGAACGAAGAAGCCUAAAAAAAAGAAAGUUGACAAAUCGAACCAAUGCUUGAUCAAAUCAGUAACACGUGUACGUUUGUGGAAUUCCAAUGCUUUUGAUGCUUUGGAGAGUAGAAAGCCAAUCCUGGGGAAUGUUAUGGAAGCAUUAGCUGAUCCUGAUACUCACUUAAUUGGAGUUUAUGGUUUAGAUGAUGAGAUCAAAGACACUUUACUUCAAAGAGUUUACAGAAGAAUUCAAAAAGAUAAUCUGUUUGAUCUGGUUCUUACUGCAACGGUAACAAGAAAACCUGAUGUGAAGAAAGUUCAAGAUGAACUUGCAAGUCAGCUAGGGUUCACUUUUAGACAGAAGUCCAUAGAUAAAAGGGCCAACGAGCUGAUUCAUAGGAUCAAGAAGGAGCACAAGAUUCUGAUUGUACUUUGUGAUCUCUACGAGAGGCUUGACUUGGGUAAGGUUGGAAUUCCAUAUGGCAUAGAUCACACAGGUUGCGAGAUAUUAAUCACUUCUACAACUGAAGAUGUGCUAUCCAAUCACAUGCAUACCCAGAAGAGUUUCAUGGUCUGAUGAUUCUCUUAAUGUAUAAACGCUUUAAGCUUUUGCUGAGAGUUACCGGAUCAUAUAUGUUAUAAGGGGCUUAUUGAUUAUAUGUUUGCUCUUUUUUUC